CAGGCAUCAUAUGGUUCCUUGUCUCUGCUCUUUGCCUUACCCUUUUGAAUGACAUUCAUUCUUCAACUCGCGCCUCCUUCUUCCCCCCUCACCUCCAUUCCCGCGUCUUCUUUCUAACCUGAACGCGUCUACUCUUGUUCUAGGCUUGAGCACCUGACGGCACAUGUCUCACAUCCGGCAUUGCUCCUGUUGAUCACGAACGCAUGUUUCAAUCGCAACGACGUUUGACAUCGAGUCUAUUCGUUUGAAAAUCAUCUGGUACGAAACAAGGCGCAAAGACACACAACCACAACACACAUGAACCAAGAAAGAGAGGCAGAGACAGAGACAGGCAAACGACAACCUCAUUCUCUGGCCCUCCUAUCCACACCGAGCAACUCUGACCGACGGAAUUCUCCCACCGCCGGGCCACGCACGAAAACAGCAUACGAAAGCCGAAAAAUAGACAUCAGAAACGGUAGCGAUAUUCGACACACACCGCAUCGUGGAUUCGUGCCUCGUACCGGAAUUAAAGGCUCUUCGACAACCCUCGCCCAACCUUGACUUCGAAAAGGGACCCCCUCAAAAACAACCCCACUGCACACACCGCAGACAAGAUUGGCCUUGCGCAGAACCCCCCUUCUUCAGGUUUAUUUCCAGAAUUUCCAAGGGACAGCCCGGACCAGGGGUGGACACCGGGAGAGAAAGACUCUAGGACUUGCACGAGAGACACAGACGGCCAGGGACGAAGCCAAGCACCGCCAGGGACUUCCCAGCACAGAGGUCUUUCGUCCAAUGUCUCGAGCACCACAAUCAAGUACCUUUCCCCGAACCACCACCUCCUUUUCGCAGCGCUCCCUGGUGGAGGUACUUCCUCACCUUUAGCACCAGCAUCUGCAACGCACCCGCACACCCGCACCUGCAGGUACGUACCCGCAGCCACGGUUAGGUGCUGCCCCUUCAGAAAAUGCGAGCGCUCUCCUCCGUGGGCGUUGGCGGCGGCGGUGGUAGCGACACCAGCAACAACAGCAGGAGGAGCAACAACAAUCUUUCGACUGCUCCCUCGGCUCCGUCUCCCUCACCUUCACCAAGGCACGCCGGCGAUUCAUUGUCAUCGCCGCCACUGAAAGGCACUCACCCACACACCACCACUACCAAUACCAAGCGUCCCCAGCAGCAGGGAAACAACAAUAAGCUUCACCCAAACCACCAAAAACAUCUCGUCGUUCAGCAGGGAAAGCAGACGCCCGACUCGUCCCGAACUAGGAGAAACAUCAGGCCAUCCAUCUCACCCGCCACCCGCAUCAACCCCGCCGCAUCUGCUCAUCGUCCAUCAUCCAACUCUUCCAGACCACCUGGGACGACGACAACGACAUCAUCCCGUCCAUCGGCUGCUCCCUCGGGUUCCUCUGGCCCUGGUGCCUCUGCUGCUCCAACCUCCGCAACAUCGUCGCCCGCCGCCGUCGCUGUCGACCGCAAACACACGGCGGCCCAGCUCCGAACCACAAAUAAUCCCACAUCGACUAAUAACACCAAUCCCGCCGCCGUCGAUCGCUCGCCCACCCCUACCACUGCUGCUACUGGUACUGCUGCCACUCCUACUAGUACCACCAGCACACGCCCACCACCACGGCCACUUACCGCUGCUGCCACUGGCCCACCAACGAUAAACGGGCCCCGACGCAUCACAGCUGCUGCCACCAGUGCCAGCACCACCAAAACAACCACCACCACAGCCUGCCCAAACACAACAUCGUCACCUUCACCUCCCACCACCACCACUUCUUCAACGCCGACAACAACACCAGCACCACAGCCCACAACAACCCCAACGUUGACGCCAUCCUCAACCUCGAGACGACAGCCGCCUGCCCUGUCCUCCAGCUUGCGCACACCCCUCCGCACACGAGACCAAAAUGUCCUGAACCCCUCUCGACCUGCAAACGCCGCGCGAGCGAAGCCUUCGCCUACCCCGUCGCCCACAGCCGGCACAUCACCAGCAUCCGCUUCCGCUACCUCCACACCCACCAUGCCCCCCUACGAGAAAGGGGGCAGCACGACCUCUCGUCAACCGGCGAUGCCUUCCCUCAGCGCAAAGGCAAUCGGUCGAGCUCCUCUGACCCCGAAAGUCGCUGCGAAACCUUCACCCCCGGUCGUCACCCCCAUGGGUCGUCGCCGCAACGACAACACAAGUAACAACACCACAAAUCACCACACACAACCGCACAUAAAUGGCGGAGGUGCGAGGGACGACCUCACGAGCCCUGCGCCUUUCCUCGCUGCGAAUAACAUCACACCUCGCACAGGCAGUCGCCAGAGCCGUGUGAGUAGUACCAACACAACCCCGAAUGGCACUCCGGAUCCGGACAGGAACGAAUGGGAUCGCCAGCCGACACUCGAGCCUCCGAGACGACAGGUCGUCACCUUCAGCCCGCCUUCAAGCGUAAGCAGCAGGAACGAUGCAAACGAUUCCAAGUUUUUCUACGCCAGCGAGGCAAAACCAUCGCAAGCUUCCCAACCGAAAGCUCAGCCUCUCAAAGCCCAGCCCAGACCUCUAGCUCCUCAGCAGCGAAACUCGACUUUCAUGUACGCCAACGGUGGUGCUGUCGAAAAGAACAGGCCUACAUCACCCGGUAUUGGUUUCACACCUGUCCUGGCGCCGUCGCUUGCGCCGUCCCUCUCUCCGCAGCUGGCGCCGGUGCCGGAGCCGCCGUCGAGCAAGUUCUUCUACGCCAAUGGUGCUCCGAAUUUACAGCCUGGCUUCCGGCCCUCAUCCGCAGCAUCAAUGACGGGAUCAGUCACUUCGGCGUCGAGCAAGCUGCAUAGGACAUCAGCAGGAUCGGCGAGUGGCUUCGCUAUGGCCCAGCGACCGAUAUCGCCAAACAAGCCAUCCCAACCUCCGACGUCCGCACCAUUAGUCAAGAGCAAUAGCAUGCCGCCUCACACUGUUGGCCGAGCCCACAUGACUAGCCCUCCGCCGCUCGCGCCGCCGUCACAUAAGCGUAGGACGAGUACCGACACGCUCUCACAGGUGGCAAGUCAGGUUGGAUCAGAGGCACCAGCGACAGAUGCUAUGAUCAUGUCCAGAUUCAUGGCUUCACAAACAUCGACGCCCUCCGAAUUGCCGUCUCCGACAGUGCCGAGUUUCUUCGCGCAACAGCCGAUCACGAUUGCGUCAAUAAUACAGGCAGCAGACGAUCUGGAGGAAGAGGAAGAGGAGGACUCGGCUGAUGAGGAUAACGACCUCGAGGACCUUCACAGCCCGACCAAGUCAUCGCACGGAGACCCCUUAAACGACAUGGUUCUCAACGCGAGAAGAGAACGCAAGGUUCAGGAUCUUGAAAUCACCAAUGCGUCUCUCGAGGCGAUCAACAGGUCGCUGGAAAAACAGCUACGGAAGCAGACGGCAGAACUCAGGAGGUACAAGAGGCUAUCAAGGUCCGGGCGUCUGUCCGUCCCUCCUUCGGGCGGGUCGAGCCGGAUGACUUCCGCCGACUCCACUCCUGCAGGCCUAGGCAUUGAAGGACUGGACUUGUCGGAUCUCAGCGAGGAAGAGGCCGAGGAAAAUAUGGACGAUUCCAUGUUUGAGUCAUCAGAGCUUUCCGAGACGGAUUCCAUGUCAAUAUCAAGUCCCAAGGAGGAUCCGGAACGAGACCUGCGCCGCCGGACUCGAGAUGAGAAGCGCUUGCAAUUGGAUCUCUCGAAACAUAGGGAAUUGCUCGUCGACAGCCAAAAGAUCAACGUGAGCAUCAAGAGAUGCUUGAACUGGACGGAGGAGCUUAUCAAGGAAGGCAAGAAGGCCCUCGAGUACAACGUCCGCCCUAGCGACGUGGAGCUACCACCACGUGUGCUCCGCCCGGCAUACCUUGAAGAGAACGAAGAUGGAGAGAAGGGGCAGAAGGAUGAGUUCACAACCUCAUUACCGAGUAGUCCGUUAGAUUCCCCGAGGAGUCUGUCGCCCCACUGGAGCAAUCCGCAGGACCGCGAUAGCGGCAUCGAGCUGCCUGCGGACGAAAAGAAGUACAACACAACACCAUAAUCUACGAAGCAGACCGGAUCUCACCGUCGCGGCCUGGACGUUGCGGCGGCAUCGCACAACAUCACCACUCACGGAACACACAGUUUUCCUUACAAAACAUUUUACUUUUCUUGCAUGGCACGGGGGAAUCAGUCCAGGUUUGGGAUAAGUCGGAACCACGGCGUUUUCUUUUGUUUUCCAUGGGAGGGCCUUUGAGAAAGACAGGGAAAAGGUUCCAUCCCAAUCGGCGACGGCAUCGACUCUUCCCCCUUCGGAGGGGGCUAAAAAGAACGACCGCCGCAUACACACACUGCUUUUAUUAUACCUACUUUUUUUUCUGGUUCUCUCUCCUUUGUCACACUGUUUUUUGUGUACCAACAGAUACCCCAAAGCACUUUACAUAUAAACAACGGAACAUAAAGGGGCGGGCCGAAUGAACCAUGUCUUCAUGGCCGCGCUUAGGUUUGGUUUGGGAAACGUUUGUUGACUCUUGCCCAGAAUUUAUGGAGCAGAGCACAGAAGAACGAGACAGUGGGAGGAAGACGAGAUGGGGUCCAAAGCCCAAGCAGUGGCGAAGCCGAUUUGUAUCAUAGCAAAUUCAAGCUAAGAAGGCCGGUAAAAGAUCUGGC